CAGUCCUACACUCAAGUCCCGUUAUGCUAGCAUCUCCCUGCCGUUUGCUACAGCAAAGCCGUAUUCAGUCUUCGAUGCACAUGAAUGGAGCUAUAUAGGUCAUUAUUGUAGUUACGUAAAACGAUAUCAAACUUAUGUAACUUGUGAAAAGUGAUAUUUUUGAGGCUUUGAAUGUAGAUCAGCUAUUGGUUUUCAAGACCCGGUGAUACAUUUUUUAUAUUAAACGCUGUGCCUUGGUUAAAACCUCCAUUAUGCAUUUAGAUGAAUUGAUGAUUGACAUAGGUGACUUUGGUUGGUACCAAAUCGUCAUCGUGUCCUGUUUGCUGUCAACGAUGAUUCCGGUAGCUUUUACCAUGUUGGAGAUGGCGUUUACUGGCUUUAUUCCAGAUUGGUGGUGCGAUUCCAUGCCAACAUCGGAUCUUGUCAGCAAUGACAACAACCAUACCACCUACUUAGUUACCAAUAGCAACAUUAGUAGUCAUAGUAUUAGUUUAAACCAAUGCUAUGGCACCGGCAACGCAACAGUUUGUAAACGAGAAUUUGAUAUGAGCAAACGGACCAUCGUGAACGAGUGGGACCUAGUCUGUGAAAACAGAUGGAUAAGCUUUACAAUUACAACCGUUCAGAUGUCAGGGGCGUUAGUUGGAGCUACUAUUGUCAGUUACACCGGAGAUAGAUUUGGUAGACGCAGAACACUCUAUGUCAUACAGUUGCUGCAUCUCAUCUUCCUUGGUAUUUGUGCGGCGUCACAGUCUUGGCAUUUGUUCACAGCUAUGAGAUUUGGUAUCGGAUUGUCAGCUGGUGCCACGAUUGUUGUGUGUUUUCCUGCUUCCAUUGAGUUCGUGGGAAAGAAAUGGCGUGCGUUGCUUGGUGCAUUUCCAGUCUGGGCUGGAGCAGCACCUUUUCUUCCAUUAAUCACAUGGCUGUUCCCAUAUUGGCGCCAUUUUGAAAUCAUCGUCUGCAUCAUCAGUUUUCCUAUUUGUUUAGGUUUCUUUAUUGUACCAGAAAGUAUCAGAUGGUUAACUGUAAAAGGGAAGUUAAAGGAAGCAGCGGCAGUAGCAUGUAAAAUUGCCAGCAAAAACAAAAAGCCAGAACCUAAUACCGAUAUUUUAGAAUUGGUAGCAGAAGACGAAAGACAGAUCAACAAAACGUAUUCAAGAUAUACUCAUUUGGAUUUAUUUCGUGACAAACGAAUGGCACUGAUAACUUUACGUGUCUGGUAUUCCUGGUUUACCUCUGCUGUUUGUUAUUGGUGCCUUAUCCUUGGAGUACAAAGUAUGUCAGGGAAUUUUUAUCUCAACUUCUUUCUAGUAUCUAUCGUGGAUAUUCCAGCAUCCUUACUGGUUCUACUCUUUGUUAACAGAAAACGCUUUGGAAGAAGAUGGUCAAUAGCCAUGGGUAAUAUGGGUGUAGCAUUAGGAGCCCUUGGGGCUAUAAUAGCGUCUUUAACUGCCCCACCAGAACAUAAAGCUUAUUAUGUCAGUAUCUGUGCCAUGAUAUCACAAUUUUGCACGGCAUGUGGUUGGUCAAGUAUGUGCGUAUUUACUGCCGAAUUAUAUCCCACAGUAAUAAGGUUAGUAGACUCGAUUAUUUCCAUAAACUGAAGAAACCUGGUUAAUAUACCGUAUAAUAACUGAAGGGUAAGUAGACUCGAUUAUUAAGGUUGGUGUCAAUUUAUGUAAAACAUUAUAUUAAAACAAUUCUAUCAUGCCUCUAUUGACAUUAAAACUAAUUUAGUUAAACAUACAUCAUGCAAGAGCUAAAUCUGUCUAUUGCAGGUUUUUCUUUAGGCCUAAAAUGUUAUCUAAAUUAUUAAAUAGACAUUAAUUAACCCAUCCAGACCAUAAUCAACUCUAGCUGGCAUCGCAAAACUGCGAUCGUUAGUGGAUUAUGAGCCGAUUUAUUGCAUAACUUUACUUCACGACUUAAUGAUUAAAUGGAUAAUUGAGACUAUGAUGUUUAUCGUACUGACUUUAGUAAUGAUGAUCGAGGCUAGGCGGAAAUUUCAUUAGCUUAGUUCUCGGUUCAUAGUGGAUCAAUUUGAAUGAAAUUUUAAGCAAAUUUCCUUUACAUUAUUUAGUUAUAGUGAGAACUGCCAACUCGUUAUCGAAUCUCCCAUAAUGUAUCUUUAAUUAAAAGAAUGUAAUUCCAGUGCGCUUAGUUUUAUCAUGUAAGCUUAUUUUUGACACUGAAGCUGUUGCAGUCAAAUAGAAUGUGCAAUCUAGCUACUCCUGGUUCUUGAAAGGGAGAUAAAUAAAUUUUGUUCUUUAUUUCUGCCAUGGAUGAACUUGAUUGUUUUACGUUAUACAAGAAUGAUGAUAACAAGUAUUAGGGGAUUUUAUUUUAUUGACAUAUAUGCUUUGGGAUGUGUAAGCUAGUGUAUCCAUGGCACAUUACUUUCAAGCAAUGUCUUGUUUUAAUAACUGAUAAAUUACUCCCGUUUUAAAGGGAAUCAAUUUUAAGUGGAAUUUAUUUUAUUGAUAUAUAUAUUUGGGAUGUAUAAGCUAGUGUAUCCAUGGCACAUUACUUUCAAGCAAUGCCUUGUUUUAAUAACUGAUAAAUUACUUCUGUUUUAAAGGGGGUCAAUUUCAUUACGUUACUUUACCAUUAACUACUAACCUUGUGGUAUAUUAGAUCGGUAGACUGUAAUAGAAGUUGGUUUAUUUAAUCUUAAUUAAUCUAGCAAGUGACUGCAAACAGACUCUGGUAUUUUAGCUCUACAGUACCAACUUCUCCCCUCUAAUA